AUGUUUAACCUAAGUCUGGCUUUUCUAGGUCACAAGAAUGGCUUUGUAAAAGGAGGAUCAUCCACUGGAUACAUCAAGAAAGGGCAUGGCAAUGCUACAAGCUAUAUCUAUAACAUGCCCCCCAGCUCAUCAGGUCACUCUGGGUCUGGCAAUGGCAGUGCCACAAACAAUGAUGGGAAUGCUCCCAGUCUCUAUAACAUGCCCCCCAACUCAUCAGAUCAUUAUGUGUCUGGAAAUGGCAGUGCCGCAGCCAAUUAUUGGAAUGGUUCCAGUCACUAUAACAAUACCCCCGGCUCAUCAGAUCACUCGGGGUCUGGCAAUGGCAGUGCCACAACCAAUUAUGGGAAUGGUCCCAGUCUCUACAAUAUGCCACCCAACUCAUCAGAUCAUUAUUGGUCUGGCAAUGGCAGUUCCACAACCAAUUAUGGGAAUGGUUCCAGUCACUAUAACAUGCCCCCCAACUCAUCAGAUCAUUAUUGGUCUGGCAAUGGCAGUUCCACAACCAAUUAUGGGAAUGGUUCCAGUCACUAUAACAUGCCCCCCAACUCAUCAGAUCAUUAUUGGUCUGGCAAUAGCAGUGCCACAGCCAACUAUGGGAAUGGUUCCAGUCACUAUAACAUUCCUCAUGGCUCAUCUGAUCACUCUGGGUCUGGCAAUGGCAGUAACACAACAAAUUAUGGGAAUGGUUCCAGUCACUAUAACAUAACCCCCGGCUCAUCAAAUCACUCUGGGUCUGGCAACGGCAGUGCCACAACCAAUUAUGGGAAUGGUUCCAGUCACUAUAACAUGGCCCCCAGCUCAUCAGAUCAUUAUGGGUCUGGCAAUAGUAGUGCCACAACCAAUUAUGGGAAUGGUUCCAGUCACUAUAACAUUACCCCCGGCUCAUCAGAUCACUCUGGGUCUGGCAAUUGCAGUGCCACAACCAAUUAUGGGAAUGGUUCCAGUCACUAUAACAUGCCCCCCAACUCAUCAGAUCACUCUGGGUCUGGCAAUGGUAGUAACACAACCAUUUAUGGGAAUGGUUCCAGUCACUAUAACAUUAACCCCGGCUCAUCAGAUCACUCUGGGUUUGGCAAUGGCAGUGCCACAGCCAAUUAUAGGAAUGGUUCCAGUCACUAUAACAUUACCCCCGGCUCAUCAGAUCAUUAUGGGUCUGGCAAUAGUAGUGCCACAGUCAACUAUGGGAAUGGUUCCAGUAACUAUAACAUUACCCCCGGCUCAUCAGAUCACUCUGGGUCUGGCAAUGGCAGUGCCACAGCCAACUAUGGGAAUGGUUCCAGUCACUAUAACAUUACCCCCGGCUCAUCAGAUCACUCUGGGUUUGGCAAUGGCAGUGCCACAGCCAAUUAUGGGAAUGGUUCCAGUCACUAUAACAUUACCCCCGGCUCAUCAGAUCAUUAUGGGUCUGGCAAUGGCAGUGCCACAGCCAAUUAUGGGAAUGGUUCCAGUCACUAUAACAUUACCCCCGGCUCAUCAAAUCACUCUGGGUCUGGCAAUGGCAGUGACACAGCCAUUUAUGGGAAUGCCCCCGGUCUCUAUAACAUGGCCCCCAACUCAUCAGACCAUUAUGGGUCUGGCAAUGGCAGUGCCACAGCCAACUAUGGGAAUGGUUCCAGUCACUAUAACAUUACCCCCGGCUCAUCAGAUCACUCUGGGUCUGGCAAUGGCAGUGCCACAGCCAAUUAUGUGAAUGGUUCCAGUCACUAUAACAUGCCCCCCAACUCAUCAGAUCACUCUGGGUCUGGCAAUGGCAGUGCCACAGCCAAUUAUGGGAAUGGUUCCAGUAACUAUAACAUUACCCCCGGCUCAUCAGAUCACUCUGGGUUUGGCAAUGGCAGUGCCACAGCCAAUUAUGGGAAUGGUUCCAGUCACUAUAACAUUACCCCCGGCUCAUCAGAUCAUUAUGGGUCUGGCAAUGGCAGUGCCACAGCCAAUUAUGGGAAUGGUUCCAGUCACUAUAACAUUACCCCCGGCUCAUCAGAUCACUCUGGGUUUGGCAAUGGCAGUGCCACAGCCAAUUAUGGGAAUGGUUCCAGUCACUAUAACAUUACCCCCGGCUCAUCAGAUCAUUAUGGGUCUGGCAAUGGCAGUGCCACAGCCAAUUAUGGGAAUGGUUCCAGUCACUAUAACAUUACCCCCGGAUCAUCAGAUCACUCUGGGUCUGGCAAUGGCAGUGACACAGCCAGUUAUGGGAAUGCCCCCGGUCUCUAUAACAUGGCCCCCAACUCAUCAGACCAUUAUGGGUCUGGCAAUGGCAGUGCCACAGCCAACUAUGGGAAUGGUUCCAGUCACUAUAACAUUACCCCCGGCUCAUCAGAUCACUCUGGGUCUGGCAAUGGCAGUGCCACAGCCAAUUAUGGGAAUGGUUCCAGUCACUAUAACAUGCCCCCCAACUCAUCAGAUCACUCUGGGUCUGGCAAUGGCAGUGCCACAGCCAAUUAUGGGAAUGGUUCCAGUCACUAUAACAUGCCCCCCAACUCAUCAGAUCACUCUGGGUCUGGCAAUGGCAGUGCCACAGCAAACUAUGGGAAUGGUCCCAGUCACUCAUCAGAUCAUUAUGGGUCUGGCAAUGGCAGUGCCACAGCCAAUUAUGGGAAUGGUUCCAGUCACUAUAACAUGCCCCCCAACUCAUCAGAUCACUCUGGGUCUGGCAAUGGCAGUGCCACAGCCAAUUAUUGGAAUGGUUCCAGUCACUAUAACAUGCCCCCCAACUCAUCAGAUCACUCUGGGUCUGGCAAUGGCAGUGCCACAGCCAACUAUGGGAAUGGUCCCAGUCACUCAUCAGAUCAUUAUGGGUCUGGCAAUGGCAGUGCCACAGCCAACUAUGGGAAUAGUUCCAGUCACUAUAACAAUCCCAACGGCUCAUCAGAUCACUCUGGGUCUGGCAAUGGCAGUGACACAGCCAAUUAUGGGAAUGGUCCCAGUCUCUACAAUAUGCCCCCCAACUCAUCAGAUCACUAUGGGUCUGGCAAUAGCAGUGCCCAUCUUAAUUCAGAGUAUGGUAGUACUGUUUAUAAUGGCAAUGGCUCUGAGACUGCUGCUAAUGGUGGUAUUGGUAAUGGGAGUCAUUCUGCAACCCAAAACCCAGGUGGUGAGACAUCACAAACUACAAGAUCAAAUGAACAUAGCAGCGCCAGACAUUUAACUGCUGGUUGCUUCAUCAUACUCUUUUGUGCUGGACUUCUAAAUAUAUUAGAGUGA